CUCCAGCUCAGCUCAGCGUAAAAGGGAAAAACCUGAGAGAGAGGAGACAGAUGAGUCCGGACUCCGAGCUUGCAGCACACAGCAGGAUGGAGGCUCCGUCUCGCUCGUCCCAGAAGUACCUGCUGCUCCAGGUGUGGUGCGGGAUCCUCACUGUGUCCCUGGUGGCCAUGGCGGUGUUUGUGGCUUCCAUCAGAUCCAAACCAGAGGAGCCCAGCGUCUCUCCAGUGAGGUCGGGGAACUCCACUCCUCCAGCCGGCGCUCUCAGCUCACCAGGGAGACAUGUUGGAAAGUCACCUUCCUACAUUGAACUGGAAACAAAUCUGGAUGAUCCUGGAUGGCAGGAACAUGUGGUCUGUGCGUCCUGCUCGCUGUCCCUCCAUCAGAACUCCAUCUACAUCAGCAACAGCUCCGCCCGCUCCCGCUUCUUCAUCUACGCCCAGGUGGUCUUCAGGAGGCAGAAGAAGCACGGCCUGUCGGUCAAGCUGAUCAGGAACCCGUCUCCAGGUAAAAAGGAGAAGACGGAGGCCGAGGUCCCGGCAGCGGAGGCGGGCGGCCUGGUCUGGAUGGGGCGCAUCGUCAGCCUGAAUGGAGGCGACAGCGUGAGGCUGAACAUCACGGGAGAAUAUGAGAGAGACAAAACCUUCUGGGGAGCUUUCCAGCUCCUCUAAGCCCCCCCACUGGUUAGACUGGUCAGACUGGAGCUGUCCAUGGUAUUUUGGUGAAGGGACACUAACUCCACCAACAUGCUUCAGAUUUGACCUCUGACCUCCUGUAUCUGAAUGCUCUUGGUUUGUUAAAGCUGAGAACAAGCGAAUGUAAACUGUGACGCGGAGCGCUCCCUCCUAUGUGUGUCAAUAAUUUAUGGAAGAAAUAUUGUAUUUUUAUUGAUUGAAA